CCAAGGUGAUUCUCAGUUCCUUACUUGAUUUUUUUUUUUGUUUUCCUCUUGGGAACUUUUGGGUGGAGGCUUUGACUUUUUGCGUGGAAGCUACUUUGGGGAGCGAGGAGGGGGGGGAAAGUGCAAUUUGGUGGAGAAAAGCGACUCCUUGUUUUCUCACACGUCCCAUCCCUUAAGCCACCACUUCUAGAAGAUAAAGUUGUUGGACGUGGGGACAGCUGAGAGGAGAACAGGACUUCUUUCCAGGUGGAGCCCCUCCACCGCCUGUUGAGUCUGUCCCUCCUGCGUGCAUGCGUGCGCCAGCGGCGGCGCGGGGUGCGCUGCUCUGCCUUGGAGUCUCAGCUGGGACCAGAGCGAAUGGCCCCCAGGGGCUGCGCGGGGCCUCUGCCGCCGCCACCUUCUCCACAGACCUGGGUCUGGCCCAGAAAGAUGCUAGCCAUGGGGGCGCUGGCAGGCUUCUGGGUUCUCAGCCUCCUCACUUACGGUUACCUGUCCUGGGGCCAGGGCUUGGAGGAGGAGGAAGAAGGGGCUUUGCGAGCUCAAACUGGAGAGAGACUGGAGCCCAGCGUAACUGCCGUGUCCCAGCCCCAUCUCAUUUUCAUCCUAGCGGAUGAUCAGGGGUUUAGAGAUGUGGGUUACCACGGAUCAGAGAUAAAGACUCCCACUCUCGACAAGCUUGCUGCCGAAGGAGUUAAACUGGAGAACUACUAUGUCCAGCCUAUUUGCACACCGUCCAGGAGUCAGUUUAUUACUGGAAAGUAUCAGAUACACACCGGACUUCAACAUUCUAUCAUCAGACCUACCCAGCCCAACUGCUUACCUCUGGACAAUGCAACCCUACCUCAGAAGCUGAAGGAGGUUGGGUAUUCAACACAUAUGGUUGGAAAAUGGCACUUGGGUUUUUAUAGAAAAGAAUGCAUGCCCACCAAGAGAGGAUUCGAUACCUUUUUUGGCUCCCUCUUGGGAAGUGGCGAUUACUACACACACCACAAAUGUGACAGUCCUGGGAUGUGUGGCUAUGACUUGUACGAAAAUGACAGUGCUGCCUGGGACUAUGACAACGGAGUGUACUCCACACAGAUGUACACUCAGAGAGUGCAGCAAAUCUUGGCUUCCCAUGACCCCAGAAAGCCUGUAUUUUUAUACAUUGCCUACCAAGCUGUGCACUCCCCACUGCAAGCCCCUGGCAGGUAUUUCGAACACUACAGAUCCAUUGUCAACAUAAACAGACGCAGGUAUGCUGCCAUGCUCUCCUGCUUAGACGAAGCAAUUAAUAAUGUGACCCUGGCUCUAAAGAUGUACGGUUUCUACAACAACAGCAUUAUCAUAUACUCUUCAGAUAACGGGGGUCAGCCCACAGCAGGAGGAAGCAACUGGCCCCUGAGAGGUAGCAAAGGAACCUACUGGGAAGGGGGGAUCCGGGCUGUUGGCUUCGUGCACAGCCCACUCCUGAAAAACAAGGGCACCGUGUGUAAGGAGCUCGUGCACAUCACUGACUGGUACCCCACUCUGAUUUCACUGGCUGAAGGGCAGAUCGAUGAGAACAUUCAGCUGGAUGGCUAUGAUGUCUGGGAGACCAUAAGCGAAGGCCUUCGUUCUCCCCGUGUGGACAUUUUGCACAACAUUGACCCCAUUUAUACCAAGGCGAAAAACGGCUCUUGGGCUGCAGGCUACGGGAUCUGGAACACUGCCAUUCAGUCUGCUAUCAGGGUGCAACACUGGAAACUGCUCACAGGGAACCCGGGAUACAGCGACUGGGUGCCCCCUCAGUCUUUCAGCAACCUGGGGCCAAACCGUUGGCACAAUGAGCGGGUUACCUUGUCAACGGGCAAAAGCGUGUGGCUGUUCAACAUUACAGCUGACCCCUAUGAGAGAGUGGACCUUUCCCACAGGUAUCCCGGGAUCGUAAAGCAGCUCCUCCGGAGGCUCUCCCAGUUCAACAAAACCGCAGUGCCUGUCAGGUACCCCCCCAAAGACCCCAGAAGUAACCCUCGGCUCAACGGAGGAGUCUGGGGGCCAUGGUAUAAAGAGGAAAGCAAGAAACAGAAGCCAAGCAAAAAGAAGGCUGAGAAAAAGCAGAAGAAAGGUAAGACGAAGAAGAAACAGAAGAAAGAGCGCUCGUUUCCAAACUGCCAUUCAGGGAUUUCUCGUGGAUAAGUACACAUUUUUUUCCUGUCUUCAGUUCAGUUCAGUUCAAUCGCUUAGUCCUGUCUGACUCUUUGUGAUCCCAUGGACUGCAGCACACCAGGCUUCC